GUGUGUGUGUGUGUGUGUGUGUGUGUGUGUAUACCUAUUUAUGUUGCUUCUUUACGACAAAGAAUUAUGGAAACUAAACAUUGACGGUGAUGAAGGAAGGUUCUGGCACACACACAAUGGUUGAGGCUGCAACUCAUGAAGAAUAUGAAGAUACUAACGAAUUGGAGGACUAUACUGAUGAACACUACGAAGAAUGGAAAGCUUAUCUCGAAAAGGUAUUCUCCGUUGAGGAUGAAGAUGACAUCGACGAACUGGAAGACAGCAAUGAAGACAACUACAAAGAAUGGGAGGCUUACCUCGAAAAGGUAUUCUCCGUUGAGGAUGAAGAUGAUGAUGCAGACGAGGCAACCCCCGUAUUGCGGGAAACCUCCGAUGAAGGAAAAGAAGGAGCAGACGAGGUGACCUCCGAGUUGAGGGAAGCCUCUGAUGAAGGAAAAGAAGGAGCAGACGAGGUGACCUCCGAGUUGAGGGAAGCCUCUGAUGAAGGAAAAGAAGGAGCAGACGAGGUGACCUCCGAGUUGAGGGAAGCCUCUGAUGAAGGAAAAGAAGGAGCAAACGAGGUGACCUCCGAGUUGAGGGAAGCCUCUGAUGAAGGAAAUGAAGCAGCACGCGAAGCGACGUCCGAGGUGGAAAGAGUCGCUCAAAACGGCACAGUGGCCGCAGACCAGGAAGUUCCUUGUCAAGACGAGUCCUCUGCACCAGUGACAGUCUCUGCCACCUCCGCCACUGUCCCUAACGCUUACCGCAGCCUGGCUGUGCCUCACAGAUUCAUCAGUCGCCUUGCAGGCCCCGAGGACCGCCACCUCGAGGAUCUGCGGCGGAGCUAUGGGGUAGGAAUCACGCGGAUUAAGCGAACCCUUCAUGUUAAGGGCCACAGAGACUCAGUUCUGCAGUGCCACAACUUCAUUCGUGCCAAAAUAGCUGAGUGGCGGAGGUGCGAGGCCGCUGAGGCUCAUUAAGCGACCUACAGACACCUGGGACGGUCCGGUAACAAUGCUCGUGACCCGACGCCUGACGGAGAAAAUGAAGCUGCAGACGAGGCGACACCCGAGUUGCGGGAAGCCUCUGUGAAGGAAAAGGUGCUGGCGAAGAGGCGACCUCCGAGUUGCGGGAAGCCUCUGGUGUAUAUAUCUUAUCUUAUUGUUUCUUAUUAUCUAGACGGUAUUAUUACUGUUGUACUUGUCAUCCACUGCAAUUCCGUUAGUAUUGUAUCAGUAAUGGUAAUGAUGAUUAUAACAAAAUUACUACUACUGCUACUACUUCUCCUACGAGACUGAUGACUUCAUAUUUCAUUUCACAGCCACUAAAGAUAAUGUGUGUGUGUGUGUGUGUGUGUGUUUGUGUAUGUAUGUAUGUAUAGACCUAAUCAUUCAUAAACUCACUUAUGAUUCUUUACUAAGCAUCUAUAUUUAUCUAUUGCGGAAUCCUUUAGCGUCAUCUGUCUACCUCUAUACCUCCAAACCUCUACCUCUUAACUUCUACCUUUGACU